GUAAAGAGCCAAAGGGAGUAGAUAGAGUAGAGUAGUGAUUUCUUGCAGUAAUAAUGCACCAAUGGCAAGUGGCCCUGCCCUUCUUGCAGUAAAAAGAGAGAGACCCUUUCACAAUAAAGCCCUCAGACAGAACUUGAAAACAUACAGACACCCCCGCGCGCCUUUUCAAGAAACCACCAAACACACACUACGCGCUCAGUCAGCAAGAAAAGCAUUCAAUUGCUUCUGUUUAGACACGUACAGCUGUUCUUUAUUUGCUCUUACUCAUCAGAGAUGAAGAAGAAAUCUUUGAGCAUGUUGCUGUGAUUGAAGUUGUUAUAAUGGGUUCGGGUUCAGAAUCAGCAGCAGAAAGGGUGGCGGCAAAAUGGGAGGUGGGUCCAAAAGAGGAAGUGGUUCAGGCGUUUAUGGAGACUUUGGUUGAUCCUCGCUUGCCUUUGACGGUCUCUGUUAAUGACCCUCCCACUGAGGAUGCGCAGAAUUCUGUUGCCAGACAGAUGCAUGCAGUUGUUUUGCUUUACAACUACUACCACAGGAAGCAGAAACCAGAUCUAGAAUUUUUGGAUUUUGUAUCGUUCUGUAAGUUGGCUCUCUUACUGAGGCCAUCUUUGAUCCCAUUCAUGAAAAUGAUGAAUGAAAGUGAAUUAGUAGAGUUGACUGGUGCUGAAGAUCAGCUUUCAGUGACUGAGAAAGCAGUAAAGGAUGCUUGUGAUAUUGCUGUAGCUUUAGAUGCAUCGAAAGACAUUCCAGCCACAGAAGGAUGUCCGAUAUCCAAGGUUGCAGUUUUGUUGAUUGACUCAGAGGGAGAAAACUGUUUGCUGCUGUUUGGUGCUAUCACUGAAGGUGUGUGGUCACUUAUUGAAAAAGAACUUAAUGAGUUGAACAUCAAUCAAGAAAGAUCAGCAGAAGCAAAGGUCACGAAGAAGAGGAAAAUAAACAGAACCAAGGCAUCAACUGAUGACCCCAAGUUUCUGCAGCUGGGCUAUGAUGCCGUGAAGGAUAUCACAGGCAUCGAGAGUUCUGCCCUUGUGGUUUUGGAGACUCAUGUUGCAUACUCAUUAAAUAAACAAAAAUCGGCUGCUCAAUUUUAUAUGAUGCAGUGCCCUCAGUCAUUCAGCAUAAACCAGAGAUUUCCUCUUAAAUUUCUUGUUGAGAGCUUGCAGGGCCCUUUGGCAGAAAAGCAUUAUGACAGCUGGGCAACUACAACAGUUGUCGAGUAUCAUCGCAUGCUUCCUUAUGUGGGGUUCAUCUCGAGCUGGCUUUCAAGGAAUGAUCUGUGUUUGCCAAGUUUAAAUGGUCACAAUGCUCAAAGCAUCACGAGGGCUGGUGAAAAAGAACAUACUCAAAGUGUGAUACCUGCUUUGCCUGUACCAAAAUAUAGUGAAGAAGACUUGGAUCACAUUGAUAGCAGCAGUUCUGAAAUGAAAGUUAGUUCUUCUGAGAAAAUAGCUAUUGGAAAUAGUGAAGGCGACCAGAAGAAGUGUAAGCAUUCAUCUAGCAGUAAAGUAGCAUGUUCUGUUGUUAUGUUUCAGAGUGCAGCAAACGGUGGAAAUGUCACAGAUGAAUUCAACAAAAGAUGUGACAUCCUCAGUUCUUCUGAAAAAGACACAAGCAGAAUCAGCCUUGAAAAUUUGGAUAAUGACAAUGACAAACAUGAGGUGGAUUCAUUGUCUGGACCUUCAAGAAUGCUGUCUCAGAGUAUCGUGAAAGAUACUAAUGCCGAGAAAAUCGAUGAAAGAUCUAAGAUUGUUGAUUCUGCUGUAAAGGAGGGAACAAGAAUCAAACUUGAAAUUUUGGACACUGAUUGUGAAGAUCAGCGCAAUGGUUCACUGUCCAGAGGGCCGUCUCAAAUGACUGCAUCAGAUGAGAAUAUCUCUCAGAAAUUCAACAAAAGAUGUGACAAGACAGAUUCUGCUACAAUGGAGGAUUUAGAUAACAGCAAUUACGAGUGUAUCAAUGGUUUAUCUUCUGGUCGUUCAAGAGGGCUGCAAAGAGUGAAUAUGUGUGGCUUUACUAAUUCGUGUCUCAAGAAUGAGGAUUCAAACGAGAAGCUAAAUUCGAAAAUUAGAGUUUAUCAUCACAGGAGAAAGAGCUGCUCUUCUGCACAGCAUGAUGCCUAUGGUCCAGACGAUGAUGUACAAUUGAAGGUGGAGAUGGCAGACCAUUUGAAACUGAAUGAUACACAACGCAGAGAUGAGAAUGAAGAUAAUCAUGACGUGACUAUAUUGUGCAAUCAAAAUGGGAAUGAUGUAAUAGAUAAUGCGCUCAUACAAAGUCAACCUGCUUCAGAGGACCUGCAGAAUGCUGUAGCACUUCUUUACAGAAAAAGACUAGAACUGUGUUCUCAGAUCUGCACUAUGGAAGAUACACUUGCAUUAUAUGAAGAUUACAUCGAACGAAUAAGGGAUGGUGGUGACGUUGGUUUGGCUCGUCAAUGUAUCAAAUCUAUUGUAGAUGGGAAUAAUAAUUUGCUGCUGAAGAAUGAAACCGAAAUUCAAGACAAGGGUCAUCAGCCUAGUGAAGAUCAUUCCUCCCAUCAAUCUGAAAAGCAAACCAGAACCAGAUUAUCUGACCCAUUUCUUCCUGGGAGAUCUUCAUGUCAAGUUAGUUUCGUUCGUGAAAGACAAAAUGACUUGGAGUACAUAUGUCUGAAGAACAACUGGAGACUGCCUAGGUACUUUGUAAAGCCAUCAGAUGGUAAAUUCAUGUCGAAUGUGACCGUGGAGGGUAAAGAUUUGAAGCUCAUCUCAGAGGGUGGUUGGGAGUCUAGCCCGUUGGCAGCGAGGGAGUCUGCUGCUGCUCAGAUGAUUGCCAAAAUACGGGACGCUUGGACAUUGAACUGCGAUCAAGCCUGUGACUAAUUCUUUCCCUUUGAACAGGAAAUGAAGUUUGACUCACAUGAAAUGUGCCCAUCUUUGGACACUGAUUCCAUGAAAACCUGUUUCGUAACUGUAUUUAUUUAUUCCUAGUUAAAACUCAGUCGUUGGGUAUGAAACAUCUUUCUACUCCCAAAUGUUGAUGGAAAUUAAAAAUUAAAUGCAUUUAAGUGGAAUAUUCUCCCUCACA